AUGUUCUCUAGGUCCUUGUAUGGAGAUCAAGCCAAAUUCUUUGAAGCAGAAACUAAACCUCGCCUCAAACAUAAAUCAAGAGGGACUGUCUCUAUGGCAAACAAUGGAGACAACUUACAUGGUUCUCAAUUUUUCAUCACCCUUGGAGAUGAUUUGGACUAUCUAGAUGGUGUUCAUACUGUAUUUGCUGAAGUUGUUGAAGGAUUUGAAGUCUUGGACAAACUGAAUGAAGCAAUUUGUGAUGAUGAACACAGGCCAUACCAAGACAUCAGAAUAAACCACACAGUUAUCAUUGAUGAUCCAUAUGAUGAUCCAGCUGGCUUAGUUGUACCAGAUCAAUCACCAGAACCAACCAAAGAACAGCUUGAUAGUGGCCGUAUCGGAGCUGAUGAAGAAAUUGAUGACACCAAAGGUAAAACCAUGGAGGAAAUUGAUGAGAUGAUAGAGGAACGAGAGCUUAAAGCUGGGACACAAAUUCUUGAAAUGGUUGGUGAUCUUCCAGAUGCAGAAAUGGCACCCCCAGAAAAUGUCUUGUUUGUUUGCAAAUUGAAUCCUGUCACUCAGGAUCAAGACCUGGAGAUCAUUUUCUCAAGAUUUGGUCCAAUUAAAAGUUGUGAAGUCAUACGUGAUCAGAAGACUGGAGAAUCUUUACAGUAUGCAUUCAUCGAGUUUGAGAAUGUCGAAGACUGUGAACGAGCUUAUUUUAAAAUGGAUAAUGUGCUUAUUGAUGAUCGGCGAAUCCAUGUUGAUUUUUCACAAUCAGUGGCUAAAGUCCAGAUGCAAAAGCAAGGUGCUAAACCAGUCUUCCCAGACAAAAGUGAAAAGGACAAACCUAAAUUUGCCAUCAAGGGACAAAAGCAGUCUUCAAACUAUGAUUUAGUAUUUGAUGAUGACCACAGUGAUAGAAAAUCUGGGAGUAAACAGAAAGGACAAAAAGAAAGAAGCAACAAGGAUAAAGAUUUUUCCAAGUCCACAAUCGAAAAAGAAAGAAAACCAAGGCACAGUGAUAAUGACAACGAAGAUAACAAACGAGAGAGAAAACAUGGUGGAAAGGAAAGGGACAGAAGGCCAGAAAGGAAAGAAAGUUACAGUAGUGAUGAUAGUCCAAGGGACAGAAGGAAGAGAGAUAAACAGGAAAGAAGAAGGAGCCCCAGCAGCAGUGAUGAUAACAUGGAGAGAAUUAAAAAGAAAAAGAAACAUGGAGAUGAAUUCUCAAGAAGUCAUAAGCAUGCUGAGGAGAAACAUGCGGCACAACUUGAAGAAAAGUCAAGAGAUCACAAAAACAGAAGAGACAGGGAUCAUUCUCCAAGACACAAAGACAGAAAUUCAAAGUACUAUCAAGAAAAACAUAAACAUUCUGAAGGCCACAAGAGCAGACAUUCUUCGCAUGAAUAUAAACAUCAUUCAAGCCACAGAUGUUAAACCAGUCAUAUUAUUCUCAACUGGUGGUAGUUGAGUUAAGGACUCAAUGUCAAACCUGUGAGGGAGGAAAAUCUACAAGUGAUCUGACUGCGCAAUGUCAUCGAGAAUGGAGCUCUACCAUAACGAUUAAACAUGGGCCUAUUUCUGGAGUUCACAAAGUAGAGGGAAAGAUGAACCCCCCUCUUUGUUUUCCUAGCUCAAUUUUGUCCCUCAACUAUGCAAUUGCUCUUCAUUGAUGUUUUGGACAAAAAAAUGAAUGAGUUAGAAUGAGCAUUUAAGUAAAAAAGAAAGAUCACCAAGAUUAACAGAAUUACACAAAAGUGCAACUCACAAAGAGGGUUUUUAUUCCUUUAGUAAGUAACAUACACUGUUCAUCAUAAAUUCUCAAUUUGAUGCCUGAUACUUAGUCACAUUUAGAACUGCACUAUAAAUAUAAAAGACUGUGUUAAACAAGAGGAUGAUAUGUACUGGCAAGACAAUAUCUAGUUUACAUGGAUUGAAAAAAAACUUUCCUUACAAACUUGCAUGAACAAUUACAAACUCUCAAAUAUUGCAUUUUACCCCAAAACACUUCUCUGUUCCAAUAAAUAACAAUUCAAAUCA